AUGGCGGCGGCGGCGGCGGCGUCCGCUUCGACGGGCCUCGCCGGGGGUCGGGCGCCUCGGCGCACGGCGGGGAACCGGCUCUCGGGCCUCCUCGAGACGGAGGAAGACGAGUUUUAUCAGACCACGUACGGGGGCUUCACGGAGGAAUCGGGUGAUGAUGAAUACAAAGGGGACCAGUCAGACAGUGAUGAUGAAGUGGACUCAGAUUUUGAUAUUGACGAAGGAGAUGUGCCCAGCAGUGACCAGGAUGAGGAUGAGCCCAAGAGGAAGCGCAGGGUUGUCACUAAAGCCUACAAGGAGCCCAUCAAGAGCUUGAGGCCCAAGAAACCAGACGCACCUGCCAGUGGCUCUCAGAAAGUGCGAGAGGAAAGAUCCGUACCAGUGGAGCUCUUGGAUGACGUGGUCGACAGCCGCAAGCACAUGCGCCAGUCGACAACCGAGCACACCCGCCAGACCUUCCUGCGUGUUCAGGAGCGCCAGGUGCAGUCGAAGCGCAAGAAGGGGGCAGGCCCCAGCCAUGAGAGGCCGUUGACCCAAGAGGAGCUGCUGAAGGAGGCCAAGAUAACGGAGGAGCUCAACCUGCGCUCUCUGGAGACAUACGAGCGCCUAGAAGCAGACAAGAAGCGCCAGGUGCAGAAGAAGCGCAAGUGCGUGGGGCCAACCAUCCGCUACUACUCGGGGACCAUGCCGCUCAUCUCGGACGUGGGCCUCAAGGAAGAGAACGUCGAUGUCGAGGGUCUGGACCAGGAAGCUCAGCCGUCUCUGGAAGCCCCACAGGCCUCUUCAGCCCCAGCCGCCAAAUGUUCCCGCACGUUCCUGACCUUCAGCGACGACGAGACCUUCGAGCGUUGCUUCCCGAAGUCCCGGGCCCCCAAGCUCCCUGUGAGGGAGAUCUGCCCCGUCACCCACAAGCCUGCCAUCUACCGGGACCCCAUCACGGACAUCCCCUACUCCAACACCCGGGCCUUCAAGAUCAUCCGCGAGGCCUACAAGAAAUACAUCACGGCCCACGGCCUGCCCAACGCCGCUGCCUCGGCCGCUCUGGUGGCCGGCUCACCUGCCGCCGACUCCAGCGUCCGAGCCACCAGGCAGAAGAUUAUUAUCAAGCACAGCGUGCCAGCCACGUAGGCCGGCGCCCUCUCCUCUCCUCCCGUCCCGUCCCGCUGGCACCCCUCCCGCCUGCGCUCACACGCCUUCCUGCAGGACUUGCUGAUUUGGAAAAUAAAGUGACGAGACCUCAUGACAAGACCUCGGGAGGCGAAAAGAAGAGCUCGUGCACGAGGUCCAUGUCAUUCAUUCAAUUUAAGUCAUGUUCAAGCUACGGUAUUCAUGUAAAUAGUCCCUGGAUUUGUCCUUGGGAGCAAUUGUGUUCAGUUCCGCAUCAAACACUAGCUGUGGUGUCUGGACCACUCUCAUCGACACGGCUUAAGCCUGUGCCAGUCAUAGAUGGACAAAGCCCCUUGGGUCAGAGGGUGCAUUUUUGCUGUCCUAGAGGUGGACAGAGGAAGGACAUGAUCCCGAGACGUGUGCAGACAGAACACCCACGACAGCCCAGCCAGCCACGUUUCUGAGUCGUGCUUGAAGCUGCAGGACCUUUGUUUCUGUUUGAACCAAUACAGGAUUGUGCCCUGAAUCAAUUCAUGCGUGGCGGCGCUGCUUCCUGGCGGCUGCAUUUUCAGUGUCCACGCAUGGCAGAGGCGUUUGCCCUUCAUCCCAGGCAAAUCAGGUUCUUCCUGCUCUGAACAACUGAGCUAUCAGCUUGGAAUUCCUUAAAACAGGUGUGUUCCUUUAUGGUGGUUGGACCAUCACACUCAGCAUCCAUAAGUCAUUCUGCAUAAGGCCAGUAGGAGCAGGAGUCCAACAACAUCUGCGGAGCAGACAGCUUCCCCACCCCAGCCCUGCCUAAAGCAAUUUUACAACAAAAUUUACAAUCCUAAGUUGAGGGGAUGAGGUGGCUUGCCUGCGAGAGUCUCUUCCUGAGGCGUCUCACCAACGCCGCCUGCCGUUUCCAUUGGUGUCCCCAAAGUAUUCGCUAGGAUUUUUGUAAAAGUUGCUCAUCUUCCACUUCAAGUUAGUUACUUUAUAAAGGAACAGCUUUGCAAAUGAGACCUGCAUUCUCGAUAGAAACCGACAUCCAAAGGCUUAAAAGCAUCUCUGUGGCUGAAUGCAUUGCCCCCUAUAAUGCACAUCCACAUUGGACUCACUCAAAAGCAAGUCCCAUCAUGUUCAGUGGAAAUUCUAGAAACCGGCGACUAGCUUGCACCCCAAGUAAAAACCUGCGUGUGUCUGUUGCUUCCUCUGCCACUGCGAGUCACUCUCCGCCCGCCUCUGCUUCCCCCGACCCUCCCAGCCUCACUUUCCGUCUCCUAAAGUCCUCCCGGUGAAUCUGGCCAGCUGCUGGGGGAAGCUCCCUCCCCGGUGCCCCUGAAGGCCCCUCUGGCAUCCACACUCAUCCGAGCAGUGAAUUCAUUGCUCUCUAGGUGUGCCGGAUAGGUGUGGAAAGAGGGUUUCAGGUCCCAGGGCAUGCACAGAGUGCUUUCUCCUAAAGACAAGGCAGCCCUAACCAGUGCACAUGCAGCAGGGGCUGGUCAUGCGAAGGAUGUUGCUGGGGCAACCAGAGGACUGUUCCAGUGUGGCCUUGAUGCUCUCCAGAUUUGAAGAGUUACAGAUCCCAUUAUCCCCAGCGGCUUCAGGAAACCAGGUUGGGGAAGACUGCUUUUUUUUGGAGAACGUACCUAUAGCAUUCCAACAAAGCCUACCAAAGGGUACCUGGCUUUUAAAGGUUUUAAAAAACACCGUCUUUUAAAUAUCGCUACAUGAACUCGCAUGAAAUGCAUACAACUUUUUAGCAUUUGUAAAUAGGCUUCAACAAAACUGGUCUGAAUAUCCAAAUAGGUAUCCAUUUGAAGUUGAUAUCUGUUUAAUAAACGUAUUCUUAAGUCCUC